UUUUCAGGCAGCGGCAAAUUGAAUUUCGACUCGUUCUACCGGGUGGCGUCCCACUUCCAAGAGGAGGACGACGAGGCGCUGCAGAAGGAGCUCAAGGAGGCUUUCAGGCUGUACGACAAGGAGGGCAACGGAUAUAUUCCCACCAGCUCUCUCAGAGAGAUCCUAGCAGCCCUCGACGAUCAGAUAACGCCCGAUCAAAUGGACGGCAUGAUCGCUGAAAUUGAUACCGACGGAUCCGGCACUGUUGACUUUGACGAGUUCAUGGAAAUGAUGACCGGCGAUUAAACGCAAGAAGACCGCGAAUGCCACGUGGGAGAGAAAGCGAGAGAAAGAGAGGGAGAUAGAGAGAGAGGGUGAGAAAGAGAGAAGAAUAGGAAGAAGAAGAACCUUGCAUUUUCCAUUCUACUUCUACGGAACCGACUUCGAUCGACCAAGACAGCAGCAGCGACGCUUCGCAACGGAUCGAAGUAGCACAGGGAACCGUCCUUCAUUUCAUUUGUACAUUUGUUUGCGCCACGUUUGUAACGACACCGUCGAUUAAGCACACGAUUAAACGUCAUCUUAACCGA